GUCCGAAGGUGGAUAGAGAGCAGGAAAGAAAUUAAAAUGGAGGUCUCUCAUCUGGUUUCUUCUUCUUCUUCUUCAGUUGUAAUAAGUAUUGUUGCGGGGCUUGUUUUGGUAAUUGUUGUUCAUCUCUACAACAGUACUAGUGUAUGGAUUAAGUCUCAAAGGGUGAAGAGAAAGCUUCAGGAGCAAGGGAUCAAAGGUCCACCGCCUUCUUUCAUCUCCGGCAAUCUCAACGAGAUGCAGCUCAUCAUCCAACGGGAGUCUAAAAGGAAGGAUCCACCUCACGCCGACGUUGUUUCACAAGAUUACACCUCCACUCUCUUCCCUCACUUGGAACACUGGAGAAAACAAUACGGGCUAGUGUACACGUAUACCUUAGCAUUUAAGCAACACCUGUAUGUGAACGAGCCGGAGCUAGUCAAGGAGAUGAACCACUUGAACACUCUGGAUUUGGGUAGGCCUCCUUACAUGUCCAAGAAGCUCGCACCUCUCCUAGGCAACGGCGUAGUCAGAUCCAAUGGGCCUUUUUGGGCCCAUCAAAGGAAACUCAUAGCCCAAGAAUUCUUCAUGGACAAAGUCAAGGGAAUGGUGGGAUUGAUGGUGGAGUCAGUGGUGCCAUUGUUAGAUAAAUGGGAAGAGAAAAUUAAAGCACAAGGUGGUGGGAUGGAAGCAGAAAUUGAAGUCCAUGAGGAUUUGAGGAGUCUCACUGCAGAUAUGAUUUCCAGGGCUUGUUUUGGGAGCUCUUAUGACAAAGGCAAGCAAAUUUUCUCCAAGCUUAGGACUCUUCAAACAGCCAUCAGCAAUAGUAGUGGAAACUACCUCUUCAGUGCUGCUAAUUUUGGAUUUCUACCCACCAAGAAAGAAAAGGAGAUCAAACGUGUAGAAAAAGAGAUCGAAUCAUUGAUAUGGGGGACAGUACAAGAAAGGGAAUUAACACAAUGUUCAAGAGAGGACAAGGAUCUAAUGCAGCUGUUAUUGGAAGCAUCAGUGAAUGAUGAUACCAAGGAAGGCAAAGACAAGCUCUCCUCUAAGCAAUUUGUCGUGGACAAUUGCAAGAACAUAUACUUUGCUGGCCACGAAACUACAGCUAUCACGGCCUCUUGGUGUUUGGUGCUCCUGGCUCUAUAUCCGGAAUGGCAAUCCCGGAUACGAGCAGAGUACUCUGCGUUCUGCAACAAUGGUGGACUAAUUAUCCCGGAUUCGGACUCAGUUUCCCGAUUAAAAUCUGUGAAGAUGGUAAUCCAUGAAACAUUGAGACUUUAUCCACCAGCAGCAUUCGUGUCGAGGGAGGCAUUGGAAGAAACUCAAGUAGGGAACAUUUUAGUGCCAAAGGGUGUAUGCAUUUGGACAGUCAUAUCGACCUUGCAUCGAGACCCUCAUACUUGGGGAUCGGACGUCAAUGAGUUCAGACCGGAGAGGUUCGCGGAUGGCGUGUCGAAAGCCUGCAAGUUCCCUCAAGCCUACAUUCCGUUCGGAGUGGGUCCACGCUUGUGCUUGGGAAAGAAUUUUGCCAUGGUACAACUGAAGGUUGUGAUAUCCCUUAUAGUGUCCAGGUUUCAGUUCAAGCUGUCUCCAAACUACACACAUUCUCCUGUCUAUAGAAUGUUAGUAGAACCGGGAUAUGGGGUCGCCAUUAUUGCUCAAAAGGUUGAGGAUCGAUGAAACAUGUCGUAAAUAUGCAUCAACAUGACGUUUGCAUGAUUUCUUUCUAGCUA